CCCAAAUUUUGAAAUAUCGCAUUUGCUUUGUAUCCGAAUCCUUGUGGAAAACUGACAUAGCAUUUGGUAUCGAAGUGUUGCCAGCGUCUCUGAGAGAAGAGGUGUAUUUGGGGGUUUACAACUUGUGCAGUUCGUUCAAGUUACCGCACAGUGACGCUGUAGACCGUAGCACAGAAAUGAAGAGGCUCCUCCCCGAGUAAAAGGCAGACUGUGGAUGUUUUAUCACAAAGAGACACGGCGAAAGAAGGGGCGGCAUAAUGGACUCUUCGCUGAGAGGAAUAAGAAAAUCCUUAUAGUUCGGACUAAAGAUUUAUUAGAUCUCCCAAUUCUAUGGCAUGAACUCGCUGUGGAUGUAUUAUUUGUCCUUUUACGGUGGAGUUAUGCAUUUUCCAAGGAGCAGGAAAUAUACUGUUACAUGUCUGUUGUUGCUUUCGGGUUGUUUCUGGGAAGCGGCGUCUGGGCAGCUCUCCUACUCCGUCUCGGAGGAGGUAAACCCCGGGACUAAUGUCGGAAACAUCGCCAAGGACCUGAAUCUCAAUCUGCAGGAUUUGGAGUCCCGUUUGUUUCAGGUUGUCACAGGAUCUAAGCGGAAAUACUUUGAAGUAAAUCUUAAGACCGGGUUUCUUUAUGUCAACGAGAGAAUAGACCGAGAAGAGCUUUGUUCAGGGGAGCCUAAGUGCACUGUUAGUGUGGAAGCUGUGAUAAACAAUCCGUUAAAACUUUACCGAGUUGAAAUAGAAAUAAAAGAUGUGAAUGACCAUUCUCCAUCUUUUAGCACAAAUUCACAAAUUUUAGACAUUGCAGAGAAUACUCUGCCUGGGUUUAGGUUCGCGUUAUCGGAGGCGACUGAUGCUGAUGUGGGAAAAAAUGGUGUCAGUGCGUAUAAGCUUAGUCCAAACGAGUACUUCAGCCUUGCGACACACAAGGGAGGGGAGAGUACAUCUCCAGAGUUAGUGCUGCAAAAAUCCCUGGACCGCGAGAAAAAAUCAUAUAUGCAGCUCAUAUUGACUGCUGUAGACGGAGGAACACCAUCAAAUUCAGGUACAUCAGAAAUUGAAAUAAAUGUAUUAGAUAUUAACGACAACGCACCAGUGUUCAGUCGUACUCUCUAUAAAGUUCAGACGUUUGAAAAUAUCCCGAUUGGUACAGUAAUCUUCACCUUAAAUGCAACGGAUGCUGAUGAAGGUACUAACAGUGAAAUAGUAUACUCUCUUCGAAGCAAAGAUCAGGAUCAUAUUCUUGAUGUUUUCCAAAUUGAUCCAGACACGGGGGUCAUUUCAGUGAAAGGCAAUAUCGACUAUGAGGAAAGAAAAGCUUUCGAGAUCAGGGCUGAGGCUAGAGACAAAGCCCAGCCUCCUUUGUCUGCGCAUAGUAAGGUGCUGGUUGAGGUCAUUGACGUAAACGACAACAUUCCUGAAAUCACUGUGACGUCCCUACUUAAAGCAGUGAAUGAGGACGCCAGUGUAGGUACAGCUAUUGCACUUGCAUCCGUUCUGGACAAAGACAGUGGCAAAAAUGGUGAGGUGAAAUGUGAGAUUUUGAAUACAGUCCCAUUCAAAUUAGAAAAAAAUUACAGAAACUAUUAUUCUCUGGUGGUUGACGGACAUCUAGACAGAGAGGUGACUCCUCAGUACAAUGUAACGAUUUCUGCUACUGAUGAAGGGAGUCCUCCUCUUUCAAACACCAGUGUUAUUACUAUCUACAUUUCUGAUGUAAACGACAAUGCACCGCAUUUCCCAGAACAUUCGAUAAACAUUUAUGUAAAAGAAAAUAGUAAAGUAGGAACAGUGAUUAAAACAGUUGCUGCAAUUGAUGCUGACUUCAACAACAACGGCCAGUUAAGUUACUCACUUUUAGACAGUAACAGUAACUCACUGUCACUCUCGACAAUGAUAAACAUCAACUCAGAGACUGGAGAUAUAGUCAGCCUGCAGUCGUUUAACUAUGAGGAGUUAAAAACUUUUCAGUUUAAAGUUCAGGCCACAGACUCUGGUGUUCCUCCGCUCAGCAGCAACGUGACUGUGAAUAUUUUGAUCCUGGAUGAAAAUGACAAUAAUCCGACUAUUCUCGCGCCCUAUUCUGAGCACGGCUCUGUCAACAGUGAGAGCAUCCCCUAUUCUGCUGAAGCGGGAUACUUUGUGGCAAAGAUCAGGGCUGUAGAUGCAGACUCUGGAUACAAUGCGCUGCUCUCUUAUCACCUUUCUGAGCCCAAAGGAAACAAUCUCUUCCGGAUCGGAACCAGCACCGGAGAGAUCAGGACUAAGAGGAGAAUGAGUGACAAUGACCUGAAAACUCACCCCUUGGUGGUGCUGGUCUCUGAUAAUGGAGAACCCUCCCUGUCAGCUACUGUGUCUAUUGAUGUGGUGGUGGUUGAAAGCGCAGCUGACAUCCAGACUCAGUUCAGACAUGUGACCAUAAAGGAGGAGAGCUUCUCUGAUUUAAACCUGUAUCUGCUCAUCGCCAUAGUGUCGGUGUCAGCCAUCUUCCUGCUCAGCCUCAUCACUUUAAUAGCUGUCAAAUGUCACAGGACAGACGGCAGUUUCAGCAGGUACGGAGCCCCAAUGAUCACCACCCACCCUGACGGGAGCUGGUCUUACUCCAAAUCUACUCAGCAGUAUGACGUGUGUUUCAGCUCAGACACACUCAAGAGUGACGUAGUGGUUUUCCCCGCACCGUUUCCACCUGUAGAUGCUGAACUCAUCAGUAUAAACGGAGGAGACACUUUUACCAGAACUCAGACUUUACCCAACAAAGAACAGGUAAGAACAUAG